CUCGAGGAGCCGUAACGGCCAGGCCCCGCCUCCCGAGGCGUCAUACCAGUCAAGCCCCACCCACGCGUGCGAGCGCGGCCCCGCCGAGACGUGCGCACUCCCGUGUUGUGGCCGGCUGAGGUGGCAGAGACGCGUCUCCGACAUGGAGCUGCCGCACAUCCCGGAGUUAAUGGGGUUGUCCCUGUUGGUGGGGUUGCUGGCCCUGAUGGCGACGGCGGCGGUAGCGCGGGGGUGGCUGCGCGCCGAGGAGGAGAGGUGCGGCCCAUCCGCCCGGCCAAAAGCAAAUGGCCUUCCCCCCGACAAGUCCUCGGGCUCCAAGAAGCAAAAGCAGAGCCAGCGGAUUCGCAAGGAGAAACCUCAGCAACACAACUUUAGCCACCGCCUGCUGGCUGCCGCCCUGAAGAGCCACAGCGGGAACAUCUCUUGCAUGGACUUCAGCAGUAACGGCAAGUACCUGGCCACCUGCUCGGAUGACCGCACCGUCCGCCUGUGGAGCACCAAGGAUUUCCUGCAGCGGGAGCACCGCAGCCUGAGAGCCAACGUGGAGCUGGACCACGCCACUUUGGUGCGCUUCAGCCCUGACUGCAGAGCCUUCAUUGUCUGGCUGGCCAACGGGGACACCCUGCGUGUCUUCAAGAUGUGCAAACGAGAGGAUGGAGGCUACACCUUCACAGCCACCCCAGAGGACUUCCCGAAAAAGCACAAGGCACCUGUCAUUAGCAUUGGCAUUGCGGGCACAGGGAAGUUCAUUAUGACGGCCUCCAAUGACACGACUGUGAUCAUCUGGAAUCUGAAGGGCCGCGUGCUUUCCACCAUCAACACCAACCAGAUGAACAACACCCACGCUGCUAUAUCCCCUUGCGGCAGGUUUGUGGCCUCGUGUGGCUUCACUCCGGAUGUGAAGGUCUGGGAAGUCUGUUUUGGCAAAAAGGGGGACUUCCAGGAGGUGGUGCGUGCCUUCGAGCUGAAGGGCCACUCUGCGGCCAUCCACGCCUUCGCUUUCUCCAGCGACUCGCGCAGGAUGGCAUCAGUCUCCAAGGAUGGUACGUGGAAGCUGUGGGACACAGACGUGGAAUACAAGAAGCAGCAGGACCCCUACCUGCUGAGAACAGGCCGCUUUGAAGAGGCCAGCAGCAUGCCGUGCCGUCUGGCACUGUCUCCUGACGCCCAGGUCUUGGCCCUGGCCAGUGGCACCAGCAUUCAUCUCUACAACACACGGCGGGGCGAGAAGGAGGAGUGCUUUCAGCAGGUGCACAGCGAGUGCAUCACAGACUUGACCUUUGACAUCACAGGUCGGUUUCUGGCCUCUUGCGGGGACCGCGCCGUGCGGCUCUUCCACAAUGCCCCUGGCCACCGCGCCGUGGUGGAGGAGACACAGGGCUUCCUGAAGCGGGCUUCCAAUGAGAGCACCCGCCAGAGGCUGCAGCAGCAGCUGUCACAGGCCCAGGAGGCACUCAGGAGCCUGGGGGCCCUGAAGAAGUGACUCCGGGCCCCUGCUCCUGACACCGUCGCUUUCCUUCCCAGGUCCAGCCAGUGGACAACUUUGGAAAGGAAUCUCCAGGUUUUCUUCCCAGGAGCCUCCUGUCUUCAUAAUGAAAUUAUUUUUUGUCUACUUA